GGGCUGGAGGCGGGCUGACUUUCGGGCGAUGAUGGAGUCGGCGGUGGAAGAGUUGAUGCCCAGACUCCUGCCUGUGGAGGACUGUGACCUCGCAGAGGAUUUCGACCCCACCGUGCCGCCCAGAACACCCCAAGAGUAUUUAAAGCGGGUCCAGAUUGAAGCAGCAAAAUGCCCUGAUGUUGUUGUUGCCCAGAUAGACCCAAAAAAAUUGAAAAAGAAGCAGACUGUGAAUGUUUCGCUUUCAGGAUGCCAUCCUGCCCCUGAAGGAUACGCUCCAACUCUGAAAUGGCAACAGCAACAAGUGGCUCAUUUCUCAGCUGUUCGCCAGAGUGUGAACAAGCACAGGAAUCACUGGAAGUCGCAGCAUUUGGACAGCAAUGUAACAAUUCCUAGAUCAGAUGAUGAAGAAGGCUGGAAAAAAUUUUGUCUGGGCGAAAAGUUAUAUUUAGACAUGCCUAUUCAAGUAUCCAGUGAUGAAAAUCAAGGAAUUGAUUAUGUACAGAUUGGCUUUCCUCCACUGCUGAGCAUUGUUAGUAGAAUGAAUCAGGCAACGGUAACCAGCGUCUUGGAAUACCUGACAAACUGGCUUGCAGAGAAGGAAUUUACUUCAGAACUGGGCAGAUGGCUUUAUGCUUUGUUGGCCUGUCUUGAGAAACCACUGUUACCAGAGGCACACUCCCUAAUUCGGGAACUGGCCAGACGAUGCUCCAAAGUGAGAGUCUUGGAGGAAAACAAGAAUGAAGAAAAGGUGUCUGCUCUGAACUUGUUAAUUUGUUUAGUUGGCAGGUAUUUUGACCAGCAUGACCUGGCUGAUGAAGCAUCCUGAUAAGUCUGGAGAACAUUCAAGCUCAGGAUGUUAUAGUAGAAUGCUAUACCAGGGUUAUCAGCCAGCUUCUCUGUGCCUCCAAGUGUGAAAAAUGGCAAACAUCAUGUCCCACCUUCCAGUACGGCCUCAGUAGGUAGGAAGAAUUGUGUGAUCUGAAAACAAAGACUAAUUUAAAUGAGUAUUCUGAGCAAGAGUAGUGCUGGAUGGUGCCACUUGCAAGAGGUCAACAGCAGAGUGCCUAAACACUUUCUUACGGACUCAUUUGCCUCCAACAUUUAUUGAGGUGAAAUCUAUAUACAAACUGCAGGCACCUACUUAUUCCAGCUACUUCAGCAUGGAACCAUGUUUUUUUAAUCUUACUAGAAGCCUAAUUGAAUUGAAUCAGGCUAAUGUACAGAUUUGAAACUUUUUAUGUUUGACAAUAAACUUUUAAAAAAUGUUUUUAAA